CAAGCCUGCCACAGAUUGCGGAUCUCGUCUUUCUAUUCACCUUUCCAAAAGUUAAAACACAUGGAUUGUUAAUCGACCACGUAUUCAUAAGUUAUCUGAGGAAUUUCGAUUGAUACCCAGAAUGUCGUACGGAGGAAGAAGACCGUACGGUGGUUACCCUACAAGGCAGUUCCCUCCCCUGUCCCCAACUCCGCGCCCAACCUAUGCUGAACCAAACGUUCCACAUCGAGAGCCGGUCAUCCUGCCAAGUAUCGCUGACAAGUAUGCCGACGGAGCAACUUAUCGCAGACACCGCAUCAAGCCUGUAUCCCCAGUGGAUGAAAGCAUCUAUGACUUUUCUGACAUGUCUACCAAGCUUCCCCCUAUUCGCCCACCAGCACGUGGCAAAGAAUCAUAUGCACCCGGAACCUCCAGAAGACCAGAUCAGAGAAGGUACGGACAGCGCUCGAGAACUCUUGGUGGAGCAGUUGGUUUCAAAUCUAGCACAGGCACAAGGCGAUACUAAUUUAUAUACAAUAUUACAAAGUCUCUGUAUGAAGAAUCCAGCUAAUAUAUCCACGCGAGCUGCUUUAUGUAAAACCAGUGAACCGUAUACCAUAUCUAAUAUAUCUACAUGUACUAACAAAAAAAUGGAACCUGGUCAUGCAUGGUUAAAAGGGAAAACGCAUUUUAAUCCACAUAAUUUUCUUUUUUUCUUUUCACAUUUUCGACUACAAAGUUAAAGUUCUUUAUUUCUUUGAGCCUUUGGGGUCAUAUAAAUAUUUACAAUGCAUUAAAAUCAGCUAUAGUUACCGAAAUAUUCCUUCGUAAAUCCUACCAUAAAUUACUAAUGUGUCUUAGUAGAAUAUCGAUUCUCAAUUACACAUUUGUCUAUGUCAGUAUAUGAUAAAAACUAUUGCAAAAUAUGAAUUAUGAUUCCUAAACUCAUCUUGUUCUUCUAAAACAUACACAUAACAAGAAAAAAAACUUUUAAACAGUUAAAACUCCUCCGCGUUAACUUAUAAAUAAAUAUUUUAUAAUUCAUAGUUUAUAUCAAAGUAUCGCAACAUCAUCCCCACAUAUCACUGUGGGGAUGAUAUUACGAUGAAAUGAUAUCAAUAUGGGGUAAUAUAGUGGAGUUUUAAUAUAAUCAGAUAUCACAAUAUACAGUCGUCGGAGUAAUCCUCAUAGAAAUAUCCUCAAUGUAUUUUUUUAAAUAUAAUAACAUGAUGAAACCCAUUAUGCACCAAAAGAUUAUUUUUUUGUUGAAAAAUGAGAAAUAUAGUUUUUUAAUAGUAACAAAACACCAAUAAGAAAUUAUUAAACUCAACACGCAGUAAAAGAAACUGUUUUUUAAAGAAAUGUGAACUUGAAGUUUCUCAUGUAGAUGAUUUUUAUUACAUGUUUGUGUCAUAAAAUCAAGAAAUGGUCUACAUACACAACGUCCUAAUGGUAUUACCCCUGGGCAUCCUGUAUACACCAUGGUAUUACCCCUGGGCAUCCCGUAUACACCAUGGUAUUACCCCUGGGCAUCCCGUAUACACAAUGGUAUUACCCCUGGGCAUCCUGUAUACACCAUGGUAUUACCCCUGGGCAUCCUGUAUACACCAUGGUAUUACCCCUUGGCAUCCUGUAUACACCAUGGUAUUACCCCUUGGCAUCCUGUAUACACCAUGGUAUUACCCCUUGGCAUCCUGUAUACACCAUGGUAUUACCCCUUGGCAUCCUGUAUACACCAUGGUAUUACCCCUGGGCAUCCCGUAUACACCAUGGUAUUACCCCUGGGCAUCCUGUAUACACCAUGGUAUUACCCCUUGGCAUCCCGUAUACACCAUGGUAUUACCCCUUGGCAUCCUGUAUACACCAUGGUAUUACCCCUUGGCAUCCUGUAUACACCAUGGUAUUACCCCUUGGCAUCCUGUAUACACCAUGGUAUUACCCCUGGGCAUCCCGUAUACACCAUGGUAUUACCCCUGGGCAUCCCGUAUACACCAUGGUAUUACCCCUGGGCAUCCCGUAUACACAAUGGUAUUACCCCUGGGCAUCCUGUAUACACCAUGGUAUUACCCCUGGACAUCCUGUAUACACCAUGGUAUUACCCCUUGGCAUCCUGUAUACACCAUGGUAUUACCCCUGGGCAUCCCGUAUACACCAUGGUAUUACCCCUUGGCAUCCUGUAUACACCAUGGUAUUACCCCUGGGCAUCCCGUAUACACCAUGGUAUUACCCCUGGGCAUCCCGUAUACACCAUGGUAUUACCCCUGGGCAUCCCGUAUACACAAUGGUAUUACCCCUGGGCAUCCUGUAUACACCAUGGUAUUACCCCUGGACAUCCUGUAUACACCAUGGUAUUACCCCUGGGCAUCCUGUAUACACCAUGGUAUUACCCCCGGGCAUCCUGUAUACACAAUGGUAUUACCCCCGGACAUCCUGUAUACACAAUGGUAUUAUCCCUGGGCAUCCUGUAUACACAAUGGUAUUACCCCUGGGCAUCCUGUAUACACCAUGGUAUUACCCCCCGGACAUCCUGUAUACACAAUGGUAUUACCCCCGGGCAUCCUGUAUACACAAUGGUAUUACCCCUGGGCAUCCUGUAUACACAAUGGCAUUACCCCUGGGCAUCCUGUAUACACCAUGGUAAAACCCCCGGGCAUCCUGUAUACACCAUAGUAUUACCCCUGGGCAUCCUGUAUACACAAUGGUAUUACCCCUGGGCAUCCCGUAUACACAAUGGUAUUACCCCCGGGCAUCCUGUUUACACAAUGGUAAAACCCCCCGGGCAUCCUGUAUACACCAUGGUAUUACCCCCGGGCUUCCUGUUUACACAAUGGUAAAACUCCGGGGCAUCCUGUAUACACAAUGGCAUUACCUACCUAUACAAUGGUUUAACCCUUGGGCGCCCUACCCACACAAAGGUUUAACCCUUGGGCGCCCUACCUACACAAAGGUUUAACCCUUGGGCGCCCUACCCACACAAUGGCUUAAACCCUUGGGCGCCCUACCCACACAAUGGCUUAACCCUUGGGCGCCCUACCCACACAAUGGUUUAACCCUUGGGCGCCCUACCCACACAAUGGUUUAACCCUUGGGCGCCCUACCCACACAAUGGUUUAACCCUUGGGCGCCCUACCACACAAUUGUUUAACCCUUGGGCGCCCUACCCACACAAUGGUUUAACCUUUGGGCGCCCUACCCACAUAAUGGUUUAACCCUUGGGCGCCCUACCACACAAUUGUUUAACCCUUGGGCGCCCUACCCACACAAUGGCUUAACCCUUGGGCGCCCUACCCACACAAUGGCUUAACCCUUGGGCGCCCUACCCACACAAUGGCUUAACCCUUGGGCGCCCUACCCACACAAUGGUUUAACCCUUGGGCGCCCUACCUACACAGUGAUUUAAACAUUGGGCGCCCUACCCACACAAUGGUUUAAUCCUUGGGCGUCCUACCUACACAAUAGUUUUUCUUUUGGGCGCUCAGUCUAUACAAGAGAGAAAAUAAAAUAAGGUCAAAAAGAAAA